CCGUAUAACUAGAACCCCUUUCAACCUUAUAUUUAUAGUUUUUGACGAGAUAAUAGCGCGUCGGUUAUUGGAACGUCUGCUGACCGAGCGAUUCUGGAAACAUAAUUACACCUCCCACCAGGUUGAUCAUAUUCAUUUUAAAUUUGGCGCUAACCAGCGGCAUCUGCUGAUUGAAUCAUUAACUCAUUUCCAAACAAUUUGUCGGCUGCUAAAUUCAAGUCUUUCCGGCGUCAACUUUGCACGUGUAAUGAAUAUUCAUGCAUUUGUUUGAAAUUGUAACGUGACAUUGUGGCAAUUUUUGAAAUGAAAUUUACAGUCUCUUCGGUGGCAAAAUCCACUGCCAGGUUAGGUUCGCUGUCAGAAUUUGCAAGAAUUCCAGAAGCUGUGUUAGAAACGCCUCUACUUUUGCUGCACACCCGUGGGGCUUCUGUCCCUCAUCUUAGCUAUGAUCUCCUGCAAAUGGUUUCAACUGAGAAUCACAUUUUACAAAUGCCACUUGUUACGUUGGUUGAUCAUACAAAAAAUGUGAAAGCAUUUGGAAAAGGAAUAGCUGACUUUGCAGGUUUAAAGGAAUAUCUUAAUUAUGUGUCUGUUCAAGAUUCUGGUACCACAACACCUGAAGGCUAUCAUGAAAAAAAUUCCAUUUCUUUGUGGACAAGAGGUGGAAGGAAGCUUAUUGAUCCCCAAACCUAUAUAACAUGCAUAGAAGCAUUAAAGCCAGAUAUGUUUCAAGCAAUUGUAGAUGGAGACACAACGUCAAACAGUUCUGUGAAAAGGGUGAAAAGGUCUGUUGAUGAUACAGUGAAGUUUGCUGGCAUAUGUGCUGAUUUGAAAGAAAAAUCGGAGGUCCUAAAAAACACCCCUAUGCUAGCUUGCGUUACUGGAGGCUACAACAUUAAGGAGAGGUUACGCUGCAUAACCGAGUUGAAAGGGCUUGACGUUGCUGGUUAUGUUCUAGAAGGCUUCCAUACAAAUGGUGAAUCAGCGGCGAACUUGAUCUGGGAAGAUGUGGAACCUGUAGUAACAGAAACCCUAGAAUCACUUCCGGAUAAUCUCCCUCGUACGUUCCAUGGACCCGUCACACCCGUAAUUUUACUAAAGCUCAUAUCGAAAGGUAUUGAUAUUUUUGAUGCAACAUUUCCGUGGAUUGUUGCCGAAAGAGCAGGUGCCCUUGUUUUUCCCAAUACGCUGCCAAACGGAAAAGCUUUUAUUACUGAAACGUUGCCAAGCGUAAAAUCCCCAGCCACAAUAGCCCUGAACGAAAAGGAUGGCUCACCGGAAAAUGAGAAUAGCAAGGACGAACUCGUAGACCGAAUAUUCGAAAUAAAUUUGAAAGAUAAACGAUAUUUCAAUGACACGAGGCCACUGGUAGAAGAAUGUUCUUGUUAUUGCUGCCGUAAGUAUUCACGAAGUUACGUCCACCAUCUCAGUGCAACGAGUGAAUUACAGGGCCCAAUUUUGCUCAUGAUGCACAAUCUUCAUCACUAUAUAAAUUUUUUCCGAAACAUUCGUCUGGCCAUACGAGAGGAUCAGUUACAAGCUCUUCAUUCCAUGCUGGAACAGUUUGUUACUUCCCGAAGAUCAUGAAAACCGGAUGAUUGGUCUUAACUUUCGCCCGUAAUCUGCUUUAGAUGAAAUGCCAACACAUUUUCAGUUUUUGUAAAAAUGGUUAGCCUUCAUCGUACUGACGAUAGAACAAGAAAAAAAGGGUGGA